UUAGGUCCAGCUGGUUGGUGGAUCAAUCAGUCAUAACCUCUCAUGGCAUCCCCAGUGGAGAAGCCAGGCCCGAGUCAUCGAGGCAGUAGCCCAACUCGCCCACCUUCUGUGUCCAGCAGCAGAAUGAUGGGGCAAAAGCGAGGAGUCCGGAAAGGAUCUCCCAUCCCUCGGGCCAGCCCAAGUUUAGCUGAUGUCCGUCGCAGAGGGAGGGCAAAGAAAUUGAGUCAAGUGUCAGAGCUAGAUCUGGUGACUGACCUGCAGGACCUGGACCUUGAGGCUGGGGCAGCAGUACCUUCAGGGACCGGUCUGGUGCUGGAUGAGAGAAUGAGCAGUUUCCACUGCCCCUGGGAUGAGAGUUUCCCUGAAAGACCAGAACGCCUUCAGGCUGUGCAAGAACAACUGGCCAGGGACUGUCUGCUGGAGCGGUGCUUGCUCAUUGAGGCCCAACCAGCCACUCCUGAGGAACUGCAGCUGGUCCAUAGUCAAGAAUAUGUAGAUUUGAUGGCAUCCACACCCCAGAUGACUGAAAGCGAGCGUCGGGCCCUCUCGGACACCUAUGAUUCUGUCUACCUGCAUCCGAACUCAUUCCCUUGUGCCCUCCUGGCUACUGGGGCGCUGCUUCGGCUGGUGGAUGCUCUGAUGACAGGCGAGAUCCGAAACGGGCUAGCUGUUGUCAGGCCCCCUGGACACCAUGCCCAGCGAGAGAGCAUGAACGGCUACUGCAUGUUCAACAACAUUGCCAUUGCUGCCCGCUAUGCCCAAGAAAGGCACCAUGUACCACGGAUACUCAUUGUGGAUUGGGAUGUCCACCACGGUCAAGGCACCCAGUUCAUCUUUGAGCAGGACCCCAGUGUCCUCUGCUUCUCCAUUCACCGCUAUGAGCUGGGCCGAUUCUGGCCCCAUCUAGAAGCAUCUGACUGGCGGGCAACAGGCCACGGCAAGGGUCAGGGAUACACUGUCAAUGUGCCUUGGAACCAGGUGGGGAUGAGGGAUGGGGAUUACAUCACCGCCUUCCUCCACGUGCUGCUGCCCAUGGCUCUGGAGUUUCAGCCUCAGAUGGUUCUGGUGGCCGCUGGCUUCGAUGCCAUGCUGGGUGACCCCAAGGGAGAGAUGGCAGCCACUCCGGGGGGCUUUGCUCACCUCACUCACUUGCUCAUGGGUCUGGCCAAGGGGAGGCUGAUUCUGUCUCUGGAGGGUGGCUACAAUCUGCACUCUCUUGCUCUGGGGGUCAGUGCCACUCUCCAGACCCUCCUGGGAGACCCAUGUCCCAUGUUGGCAACACCGUGCGCCCCCUGCCCCAGUGCCCUGGCUUCCUUGUCCUCUACCCUGGCUGCUCACAGACCUUUCUGGAAGGUCAUACAGAGGUUUCAGUCUACCUCUGAGGACAAGGAGGAAGAGUACAGGGGAGUGAGCCUGGGCCCUCCCCCAAUUCUCGAGACCCUGGGGAAAUCUUUAGAGCAGGCCCUGUCUCUGCCUCCAAGCCGAACAGGCUUGGUAUAUGAUGAGAAGAUGAUGGAGCAUUUCAACAUGUGGGACAGCCACCACCCAGAGCGGCCCGAACGCAUCGCCCAAAUCGCCCAGCACCACAUGGAGCUGGGGCUGACCCCUCGAUGUUUCGUGUUGCCCGCCCGCUCUGCUACAAACCAGGAGCUGCUGGCUUGCCACAGUGAGGAGUACAUUGAGCGUAUUCGAGCCACAAGCGGGCUGAAACCUCGGGACCUACACCGUGAGGGCACCAGUUACAACUCCAUCUAUAUCUCCCCCCACUCCUUCUGCUGCGCCCAGCUUGCUGCCGGAGCUGCCUGCCGUUUGGUGGAGGCCAUCUUGGCUAGGGAGGUGCAGAAUGGGCUGGCCAUCGUCCGCCCACCAGGCCACCAUGCUGAAAGAGAUGCUGCCUGCGGUUUCUGCUUCUUCAACUCUGUGGCCGUGGCUGCUCGGCAUGCGCAGGAGGUGGCAGGCCGGGCCCUCAGAAUCCUGAUCGUGGACUGGGACAUUCACCACGGCAAUGGAACCCAGCACAUAUUUGAAGAGGACCCCAGUGUGCUGUACGUGUCUCUGCACCGCUAUGAUCACGGUGCCUUCUUCCCCAUGGCCGAGGACGGGGCUAGCAGCCGUGUGGGCCGAGGCCAGGGAGAAGGCUUCAAUGUCAAUGUGGCAUGGAAUGGGCCCCGCCUUGGAGAUCCCGACUAUCUCACUGCCAUGCACCAUAUCGUGAUGCCCAUCGCCUACGAGUUCAACCCCGAGCUGGUGCUGGUAUCUGCCGGCUUCGAUGCUGCUCGGGGAGACCCACUAGGAGGCUGCCUGGUUUCCCCGGAGGGCUAUGCCCAUAUGACUCACCUGCUCAUGGGACUGGCCGGGGGCCGCGUUGCCCUGGUCCUUGAGGGUGGCUACAACCUGACAUCCAUCUCCGAAUCCAUGGCUGCUUGCACCCGGACCCUUCUAGGUGACCCACCUCCACUGUUGCCCUGGCUUCGGCCUCCGCUGCCUGGAACCUUCCUCUCACUGGCCGAGGUUGCCCACAUCCAUCAGAAGUACUGGCAGAGCCUUCGGCUUAAUGCAGUAGAGGCAGAGGUGGAGGUAGAAGAAAAGGAGAUACCGCCAGAGCCAGCUAAGGAGAGUACCCUGGGCCAGAAGCUUCCUGACGAGAGGCCCCCAGAGGCUUUGGCCACGGUGCCGGAGCUAGAGAAACGGCCCCUGUCACCUGAGCUUGAUGAGACCUUGGGCCUGGAGUCCCUUCAGCUUAGCACGCACGCUCCAGAGGAGCUGGAGGCCGAGCCCUCCGUUGCCAAAGAAAAGAACCCUGAGGAUCCUGGCCUCCUCGGGGAGGCAGCUGGUGGAGGAGGCCUGGCUGCUGCCACGUUGCUGAAUGUCCUAGGGGACCAACCUGAGGAUGAGGGGGCCACAUUCUAUGCUGUGACCCCGUUGCCCUGGUGCCCACACCUGGUGACUGUGCGCCCAGUGCCUGAGGGCGGCCUGGAUGUGACCCAGCCAUGCCAGGACUGUGACACCCAUGUGGAGAAUUGGCUCUGCCUGUCUUGCUAUCAGGUUCGUUGUGGCCGCUACGUAGGAGCUCACAUGCUGCAGCAUCACGAGGCCUCCGGCCACCCGCUGGUCCUAAGCUAUGCCGACCUCUCGGCCUGGUGUUACAUCUGCCAGGCCUACGUGAACCAUGAGGUUCUGCUGGAAGCCAAGAAAACGGCGUACCAGUCCAAAUUUGGGGAGGAGAUGCCGACGUUGCCACGACAGGACUGAUUGCCCUGUGGCCGCUCCUCUGGACUCCAGCCAAGACGCUGGCUAUUUUGUAGUUGGGGGUGGGGGGGAGGUGGCAAUAAACGUUGUUCA